AUGGCCGAAUAUCUAGCUGACACUGUUAAAUUAAUGGCCAGUGGACAAAAAGUUGAUUCCGUUGAAGAAACUACUUUAGAUUUCGGCCGUUAUACCGACGAUGAAGAGAGUGAAGAGGAGGAAGAAUCCAUGCUGGAUGAGAAAGAAAGUGAAGAAAUGGAUGAAGAUUGGAAGGACAAAGAAUUAGCUUUAAAAAAAUAUAAUUUAAGAAGCUUUUCACAAGAGUUUAUGCGUCAAGUUAUCGAUUUUAUUGAUCAUGCAGGCCCGAGAAGUAAACAUGGGAGAUCUUGGAAAGCCAUUCAUCACCGAUUAAUCCCAGACAGAAAUUAUAUUCCACAUUUUCGAAAAUAUUUGGAACAUCAUGGAACAAAGCGACAGAAGACUCAAGAUCUAUACAGUUUAGUUUACAAGAAGUUAGUUGAUGCAAGACAAAAGAAUCUCGUUGUUCAUGAUUUGGAUAUCCAGCGAUGGGAUUUAAAGAUAGCUAAAGAAAUAAAGCUCGACGAUUUUCAUGCUUCUCAUGACGGACGGCUCUUAGAAACGAUUUAUUUAUGUUUGCAGGAGCAGGGAGGAAAAAUGGGAGAGCAAGUUAAGAGACACUUGUUUCAGCCGAAAAAUGUCGUUAUAACCUGUUCGGCGUCGGGAAAACUUACUGCUUCAUUGGUUAAAUAUUGGAGAGAUAACCGUUUUCUUCCAUUGGUUGGUGCUAAAUGUCUGCUGCUAUCAGACAGUUACCCAGGACAAAAUCGCAAAGAACUCGAUCAACUGAAAAAUUGCGGCGGUAAAAAGGUCACACGUUCACAAAUACCACAAAAUACAACUGACGAGCUACAGCCACAGGAUUGUUAUUUCACCAGACAAAUUAAAAGUUUCCUCAAAGCAUGUUAUCAUCGUGUAGCGUUGGAUGAACUAGAUAUGCACUUACACGAACGAAAUAACAUCAUACGUUUAGCCAGUCUAAUGCACAAUCAAUUGAGCGCAGAUGUAUUCAUGUUAGGUAAGGAUCGAUUAGCAGCUCGAGUAGCAUCUAUUGGUGCAACUGGAAUCCAUUUUCCAUCGAUAAUGGUUAAAUUGCUUCAAAAUGCCAUACCUGAUGGUAUAGAAAAUCGUUUCUUAUACCAUGUUGUUGCCAACGCUGUUUUACCGUAUGAUCCGCGACCUAAAAUGGGAGCUGAUAGUAUUACGUUGAAGCAUAUUUUCAUUGUGAGUCAUUUGAUUGGACAAAUAAUAUACAAGUAUGAUGAUGUCGGCGAUAAUAGUCAACGGUUUGUUUCUGAUUUAAUGGCAUCAUUUUUACAUAAAGGUCAACAAUUGAUGAUAUCGGGUGUUAGCAUAUCUAAGUCACCGUUCUAUCCCUAG